AUGCAACGGUCGCCCUUCGCUCCACUACCAGCGCAAUCUCCUCCGCUACACCACCCUGUACCGCAACAUGUCUCGACAGUGCCCAUGAUGCGUUCACCACCACCCCCAGCUUCUCAGUCAGGGUAUGACAACCCAUACCAGCCAGCUCCAGCCCAAGGGGGCAGUGGCACAUUUGCGCCGAAUUUUGGCGGGUUCAUGACAGACCCCACGGCUCAAAUGGGCUUCCAGGUUGGUAAGACGGCUAUGAUGGCUGGUCAAGAAUAUAUGGAACAAAAUAUAAACCGUUACGUCUCGAUCCCCGCGCUUAAACACUACUUCAAUGUCUCCAACUCAUACGUUUUGAGCAAGCUCGCGCUCGUGCUCUUCCCCUGGUAUCACAAGCCCUGGUCACGACAACAAACUCGAAUGGCCGCCACUGCAGGUCCUGAUGGUCAAAUACAGCAGCAACAUUAUGCUUCGGUCUUCCUUCCCCCACGCGAUGACCUCAAUUCGCCUGAUAUGUACAUUCCAACUAUGGCUUUUGUGACGUAUAUUCUGCUUUGCACUGUCAUGGCUGGUCUACGCGGAAGCUUCCACCCGGAGUUGCUAGGUUCUAUCACCACGACUGCUUUAGCCGUCGUUAUAUUCGAGAUUCUUUGCUUGAAGAUUGCCAUGUAUAUCCUCGCCAUUAGCAACGAUUCUCAACUGCUCGACCUGGUAGCAUACUCGGGUUAUAAGUUUGUUGGAAUUAUCGUUGUUUUGUUGGCAGCUGGAAUCGUCACUCCGGGACGAGGAACUGGUAGUUGGGUUGGCUGGGCUGUAUUUAUCUAUACAUUCCUUGCCAACGCUUUUUUCCUGCUACGAUCCCUCAAAUACGUUCUUCUUCCUGACUCAACCAGUGAUGCCCCAAUGCGUUCGGGCACGAUGCACACUGUGGCGCGCGGCCAACGCAACCGACGCACACAAUUCCUCUUCAUCUACUCCUACGUCGUCCAGUUCAUUUUCAUGUGGGUUCUGUCACGGGAAGGUCCACCUGCCGCCACAGCAGCUGCAGCUUAA